UAUAUCAUGCAUACGUGAACGUGAAAUUGACACGAUUCGCAUAACAGUGACAUUCAUAUUCACUUGUUACUUAUUGUGUGUCGCAAUUAUUUAGAUGAGUCAUAUCUGAGUUUGUAGAAUGGUAAAAUAAAGUAAAACGUGGUUCUGAGCUUACGCAAUUAAUUAAGAGAUCUACAUAAAUAUGUACAAGUAAGAUUUCUGCAAUUAUUCUACGAACAUAGUAACGACGAGGUUUAGUGCUCUGUUGUUCUCCGGGUUAUUUUCAUUUGCGAAUUCCUAUUUUCCAUCGUCUUUAGGCAACUACUGAAGCAGUAUGUAGUGGUCAGGUCAUUUAAUUAAAUCCAGAAUGUGGCAUGUUUGUGUGUGGAGUGCUGAAAAAAACUAUUUGCUCACCGACAGGUACUAAAUAAUUAUGCUAACGGUUGGCACUGGAUGCGAUGUUCAGUGUCAGCUUAAAAUGGAACUACAACACUUCUCCAAGACGCAUUCAGUUGAUAAUUGGACAAACCACGACGACUUCACAAUUCUGACUUGUCUCAAGUUCCUGCCUGAGAUGGACAGCUUUUGCAAUGAGCUUGGAACCUGAUCCAGUUGUCAUUUGCACUCAUCUUUGAACAAAUCAACCUAGAUCAUUAGGAGAAGACAAGAUUCAAGAUUUUUUCGUAAAUAUUUACGCAUCAAUAAUUAUUAACUGUUAGGACUUUUGGAAUCAAUAGACUGAUUAAGUAUAAGGAAUCCUUAUCCAUUGGUCAGCAAGUAGUUGAAAGUGUUGCCGUAUGUAUAAAGAUCUUAAGUACCAUGAAAAGUUUGCUCCCAAAAUUUUGCAAUAGUUGUGAUAAAGUUUUUAAAUACAUCAGUCAAGAUACAUAAGUAACUCUGUGAUUACUACAACCGUUUUUUAUUCGCUACGAAUUAAACAUAAAUUUCCAGCGCUUGAAACCCACAACUUGCUCAAGUUAUUUAAUAUUACUAACACGCAAACAAUUAUUUUGAAUCAUUAAAAUGCCACUUAAAAGGAUUCCCAACCCUUUCAAGCAAAGGUCCAAAAGUUGGACUAUGGACCAUGGACACGUGAACGGAGGAUUUUUGAAUGACAAGGAUGGUACGAACAAUGGCUCACGGUCAUCAUCAGCAUCAUCCCAGUCACAAGAUGCGUCCAAUUGGGAUAAGUUCAAGCUGCUGCUGUGGAAAAACUACAAAAUCCAGAUUCGGCACAAGCUUCAAACUUCGUUUGAAAUAUUGCUUCCAAUCAUGUUCACAAUCCUUAUGGUCGUCAUGAGAUGCAUUAUUGAGUCAAAAGUUGUACAGGAACCGACGACAUUUCCAGCGUUCAGAGUUGACGAAGUUUCAUACACGGCCAAAUAUUGCUGCAAUGAAAUCUUUUACUCUCCAAAUAACUCUGUGGUUGACGAGCUUAUGGAUCGAAUUCGCACCAGCUUCUUUAAUAAUUCAGAGUUCGACACUCCAAUCACGUUUACGGGGUUUGCGACCGAAAAUGAGCUUGUAGAUAAAUAUUUGCUCAGCACGUCCCCAACAAUCGGCAAUAUCAAUCGAUCACAUGAAACGGUAAAAUCUGAUGGACCGGAUCUUUUUGGCGAAAACGCCGAAUCGUCGCCUAUUUUGGCUGGAAUUGUGUUUACGAAUGAUUUUCCUGAUGAUGGAAGUAAUUUUCCAACCGAUAUUCAGUACAAACUACGGUUUCCGGCAAUUCCUCGAGCAAGUUCUGACCUGAUCGGAGAUCGCUUUGGCAUAAAGAAGAUUUGGUUUUCCGAAAUACUGUACCCACUUGUUCAAUUAUUGGGACCAAGACAGCCUGGAGACAAGACUGGAGGUGUCCCAGGAUAUUACGAGGAAGGAUUUCUUUACUUGCAAUAUGCAAUAGAGACAACGCUUGUUAAACUGAUGUCCAAAAACGAUUCCCUGUUGGACUCUUAUGACAUCAAACUGCAACGAUUCCCAUAUCCGCCACAUAUCAACGACAAGUUCAUAUACAUUCUCCAGGGGAUAUUACCACUCACUUUAAUUUUAUCGUUCUUAUUUUCGACUAUCAAUAUAACCAAGUUGGUUUUAGUGGAAAAAGAAACGAGGCUGAAAGAAUAUAUGAAAACAAUGGGACUGCCUAAUUGGUUGCACUGGACAAGCUUUUUUACCAAACAUUUUUUAUUUUUGGCCAUAAGCACGUUAAUCAUCACCAUCCUUCUCAAGAUUCGAGCAACUGAAUCACAAGUUCUGGGAGUCUUGCCAAAAAGUGACCCUACCUUGAUUUAUGCCGCACUAAUGACGCACAUUUUUCAACUCGUAUGCUUCUCAUUCUUCGUUUCGACAUUGUUUAAAACUGCUAAUUCGGCCGCCAUCGUAGCAGCGAUUUUGUGGUUCAUCUUCUUCAUUCCAUUUACAUUUUUACAGCCAAGAUACAAUAAAAUUGAUCGGCUUGGCAAAAUCGGCUGGAGCUUUGGAACAAAUAUAGGCCUGUGUUUCUGCUGUCAAUUGAUAUGCAUGUUUGAAGGGACAGGGGUGGGUGUCCACUGGAACACUAUUUUUGAGGGUGCGACCCCCGAUGACCCUUUCUGCGUUUUUGACUGCAUGAUGAUCAUGGUUGUGAAUGGAUUCUUCUAUUUUGGGCUCACGAUUUACGUUGAAGCAGUUUUCCCAGGCGAAUAUGGCAUCGCACUUCCGUGGUACUUUCCCUUCACGAAAUGGUACUGGACUGGAGACCUUCGCAGUCCUGAUGCUAGUACCUUUCAAGAACUGGAUUUAAUAAGUAAACGUGGAUUGAAUAAGAGCGAAUACUUUGAAGUAAUUGCCACCAAGUCAAAACCAGGAAUUGAAAUAAAAGGCUUGACAAAACAGUAUGGCGACAAAGUGGCUGUUAAAAACCUGAGCUUAAACAUGUAUAAGGAUGAAAUUUUUGUACUACUCGGCCAUAAUUCUGCCGGAAAGUCAACAGCCAUGCAUAUACUUGCUGGAAUAUUUCCUCCCACAAGCGGAACUGCUCUGAUUGAUGGGGUUGACAUUUGCACAGAUAUGAAAGCUGUUAGACGUAGUUUAGGAUUGUGUCCUCAAUCAAAUAUUUUAUUUUCUGAGCUAACUGUGAAAGAACAUCUUCGAUUCUAUUCAGUUUUAAAAGGAGUCCACAAAUCCCAAGUGAAUUCAGAAGUGAGACGGAUGAUAAAAGCGAUUGGCCUAGAAGAUAAGGAAAAUGUUGUCUCUUCUGCUCUAAGUGGGGGCAUGAAACGCCGCCUUUCUGUCGGGAUUGCAUUUGUGGGGGGGUCGACUUGUAUUCUGCUAGAUGAGCCCAGCUCGGGACUUGAUGCGGGUGCUCGUCGGUCCAUUUGGGAUCUAAUUCAAAGGGAGAAAAAAGGUCGAACAGUCCUUCUCACAACGCAUUAUCUCGACGAGGCUGAUGUGUUGGGCGAUAAAUUGGCAAUAAUGGCUGAAGGAGAGCUCCAAUGUUAUGGAACGUCCCUAUUUCUCAAAAAGAAAUAUGGCUGCGGUUACCACUUAGUAAUUGUGAAGGAUCCCAGGUGCAAUGUGGCAAAAAUUACGGAAAUUUUACGCUCAAAGUUGGAUGAUGUUGAAGAAGAACAAAACGUGGGGGCCGAGCUGAGUUACGCCCUUCCUGACAACAUGUCCCAUUUAUUUGCCGAUGUGUUUGAAGGGCUGGAGAACAGGAAGGUUGAACUUGGAAUCGACUCGUAUGGCUGUUCCAUCACGACAAUGGAAGAAGUGUUUAUGAGAGUUGGACAACUUCAUGAUAAACAAGAAUCAGACAACAAUUUAUCGAAUGGAAAGCAAUCAGAUGUGCGAUUAAAUGUGGACGUUACUUUCUUAAAUGGGUCAAAAAUGAGCAUGAACCCUCAGAGUCAAGACAAAUUCAACGACAUGCCUCAUAAUACAGGACGCACACUUUUGGUUCAACAGUUUUGGGCCAUGAUAUGCAAAAAAAUCAUCUUCACUUGGAGAAAAAUCGGACUUCUUAUGGCCCAGAUUGCUAUCUGCGUCGUGUACCCAUCAUUAGUGCUCUUAAUUAUGACCACCGUUCCCGGAUUGUAUGAUCCGGGACCUCGUCUUGUAGUCCUUGAGGAUUAUGAAAAUUUUGGGAAAACAGUAACAACACUGCACUGUCCAAGCCAUAGUCCUGUCUGUCAAGGGUACAACAAAUAUUUGCAGGGUCGUAAUAACAUUGUUCAAGAGGUUCCAAAUAAUUCGACGGCUGAAGAUUACAUUUUAAAAAUGGCAACUAAGGAUGUUUCUUACGUAAAUUUUAAAUAUUUUGCUGCCCUCGAAGAAAAUUCCACCGCAGAGAAAACGGAACUCGUCGGCCUUUUCAACAAUCAACCCCUUCACACGCCUCCACUGGCUCUCAAUUUAAUCACAAAUGGAAUAUUAACCUCUUUUGCGGAAGAUAACUCUUCAUCUCAAAUCCAAGUCACAAAUCAUCCAUUUGGUUACGGUCCAAGUUUUGAAGAGUUAGGGUCGUAUUUUACUGUUGGAUUCCAAGUGGGGCUCCAUUUUUCACUAGCCUUAGGUUUCUUGGUGGCCGUAUAUGCAAUUUUUCCCAUCAAAGAACAAGCCAUGCGAUCCAAGCAUUUACAAUUCAUAUCCGGAGUAAACUUUAUUGUUUUCUGGAUUUCAAACCUUCUCGUGGAUUUGGUCUUGUACUUUCUCCCAUGUUUAGCCUUGCAUUUAAUUCUCAUCGGAUUUCAAGUUCAAGACUUUUACAGUGUUACUGUUCAAUUUUAUCUGCUACUUUUGUUUUACUGUUAUGCAUUUGCGGUACUUCCGAUGAUGUACUUGAGCUCACUCUUCUUCAGAGUUCCGUCCUCUGGGUUGGUGGGGAUGGCCGUUUUAAACGUGUUAUCAGGAUAUGCAACUUUAUUCGUUGGAAACAUUGUUAGCCAUCCUGAAUUGGACAAAGAUUCAUUGGCCACAACACUCCACAGAAUUUUUUUGAUUGUUCCUACGUACUCGUUGGGCAAAGGCAUUACCCAAAUUUCAAUAAAUUACCAAGUUGGUCAAGCAUGCAAAAUCGAGUUUUUGGAUGUCCUCUGUGAAAGUCAGCCGGACCGCAAAUCAUUUUUAAACUGGUGUUGCAACAAAUUGAAACCGGAUUAUUUAGACUGGGAGGAACUUGGAAUUGGCAGGAAUCUUGUGUACCUCACCGUGUUUGGAAUUAUUUGCUGGACUAUUUUGCUGGUUAUCGACUCUGGCAUACUUUCUAACACAUUUGGAAAAUUUAAAAGAAAAGUAGAACACAUUGGAGUGAAACGGUCGGUACCCAUGAUUGGGAAAGAAGACGAAGAUGUCAAAAAUGAGAGGAUUCGCAUUGACAAUUCAAACCUAGAGUUUCUAUCGUCCACUGAUAAUCUCAUAAUACGCGAUCUUUCGAAAACAUAUGGCAAUGACACACUUGCCGUCGACAGGAUCAGUUUGGGUGUCAAGAAAGGAGAAUGCUUUGGUCUUCUCGGCGCAAACGGAGCAGGGAAGACAUCCACAUUUCAAAUGCUGACAGGGGAACUGCCCAUCAGCAGUGGGGACGCUUAUGUAUAUGGUCAUUGCAUUCGCACCAGUCUCCAAAAAGCUCAUCGAAAUAUGGGAUAUUGUCCCCAGUUCGACUCUCUGAUUGAGGAAAUGACUGGACGAGAAACGCUCUGGAUGUAUGCUCGACUCAGGGGAAUCCCGGAAGCAUGCAUUCAUCAAACUACCGUUAAAUUAGCAGAAGAUCUAUUAUUUACAAAAUUUUUGGAUCGAAUUGUUAAAACCUACAGUGGUGGAAACAAACGUAAACUCUCAACUGCAAUUGCUUUAAUUGGAAAUCCUCCCAUUUUGUUUCUUGACGAAUUUACGUCGGGGAUUGAUGCCGUAGCCAGACGUCAUUUGUGGGAUUGUAUUUCAAAAAUAAGAGACAGCGGAACAUCCGUUGUUUUGACAUCUCACAGCAUGGAAGAGACAGAGUUCCUGUGUACUCGAUUAGCAAUUAUGGUGAAUGGUCGAUUUCGUUGUUGUGGAUCUCCUCAGCAGCUAAAAAGCAAAUUUGGUGAAGGUUACACCCUUAUUGCUCAAACAAAGAUAGAUGAUGACACUGAUGAAGUGAUCGAAGAUAGCACCAGCACGAAACGUCGGAGAAAACCCAGCGGUUACAACAAUUCGCUGGAGCCGUGGGGUUCCAAGCUGGCUAACUUACGAUCCUUCAUUGAGACAUCCCUCCCUGGCUCAACCCUUGAAGAUAUUCAUCAAGGCUUUGUACAUUACAGGGUUCGAAAUGACCAGGGCGUCACCUGGUCACAAAUGUUCAAAGUGAUGGAAAUUGCCAAGGAGAAAUUUCAAGUCCAGUACAAUAUCGGACAAACAAGUUUAGAGCAGGUUUUCCUCAACUUUAUUCGUGCACAACAUAACUCAGAGGAAUAAAGUAUCACCCACACCCGCCGUUAUUAUCUAAAUAUUUAAGAGUUUUAUACGUGUCAAUGCAACUUUAUAUAGUGUCCUAUGUUCCUUAAUUACCUACUCCAUAUGCAAUAAAUUGAAACAUUCUAAAACCGGAA